UCAGAAAACAUUAAAGUGGUUCUUAAGUUCCGCUAUUGAGCCAAGGGUGUGAAUUCUUUUGCUAAGACUAGAAUUGGUUUAGACUGGUUCACGCAGCCAUGGACAUCAUAGACCCAAUCCUGGGAAUAGCAGAGAAGCUAUACGCCCUAUGUGAGGAGGUAAAAGCCAACAAACAGCGUUGUAGGCGGCUGGCCAAGCGUGUGGCUUCGCUGGCUGACGUGGUCAGAGCUGUUCAGUGCCACGGUCUGGGCAGGCAGCCAGAGCUGGUGCAGAGGGGCCUGCAGGAGCUCAAACUCACCCUGGAGGUGGCAGAGAAGGUGGUCUGCAAAUACACCUCGUCCACUUACCUGAGACGCAUUGUUAAAGCGCACAACCUGGGCGAUGAGUUUGAGACUCUUAACGAGCGUCUAAACGACGCUGCGCAGCUGCUCUCGCUGGCUUUGCAGGUAGAGCAGAGGGAGGUAAUAGAGAAAGUCUUUGACAACGCAAAAAGGAAGAAGGAGGAUGUCAAGGAUAGGACAUCCGACUAUGAGGAACUCCAAACUUCACUCCAGACAUUGGCAAAGGAGACACAAGGGACCAAAGAGAGUGUGAAUGCUGUUUACGAUACAGUCAACCAAACUAACAAAGAUGUUAAGGACAUCAAAUGCAUCCUGGAAUCUUUGAGAAAACCCAACAUCCCUCUGCUGGACAUUAGAGAGAUCGGACCUGGGGAGCUGACCUAUGAUGUUCCUAUCAAGCUAAUCAUGAAGUCUUGUAAUUCUGAGGUAUUCAAAGGAGAGUACAACAAGUUCACUGUGGCCAUCAAGAGAUAUACAUAUCCAGUGAACACCAGCCCAAGCCAAAUAAGGAGCAUUUUUAAUAAGGAGGUGGAGACUAUGAAGCGAUUUGAAUCGCCUCACAUCCUGAGAAUGUUUGGGAUCUGCGUCCAGAAUGAAAAUGGACUAACCCCAAACUAUCUGAUAGUAAUGGAGUACUGUGAGAAGGGCAGCCUGAGGCAGGUGCUUGACAGCACCAGAAAGCUGCCCUGGUACAGAAAGAUGGGAAUGUGUCUGGAUGCAGCCCAAGGCCUUUACAGGCUGCACCAGUCAGAGGAGAAGUUUAAGGUGCAUGGGUGCAUCACCAGCAGCAAGUUUCUAGUGGCAGCUGGUUACAGAGUGAAGCUGGGAGGUUUUGAGCUGGCCAAAACAGAAACAUCCCUGAAGAGGAACACGAAUAAGAACAGCAGUUCAUCCAUUUACGUUUCUCCACAACAGCUCCAAAACGUCAAUCAUCCCUAUGACAAGGCCUGUGAAAUCUACAGUUUUGGCAUUGUCCUGUGGGAGAUUGCAACACAGUUGGUCCCUUUUAAAGAUUGCUCCACCCAGAGUAUCCACGAGAAGGUGUGUCAAAAGAAAAUGAUGGAGCCACUCCCGAAUGACUGUCCUGAUCACCUCAGAGAGCUGAUAAAUGCUUGCCGCUCAUACGAUCCAUUCUACAGGCCUAACGCUGGAGUCUUGGUGGACAAGCUACGUAAACUGGCUGAGCAGUAUGAAGACGAAUAAAGCCAAGACACCAUUUACUCUCUGCUCAGCCACACAGGCUGAAGCUAAUCAGAUUGUCUACAUGUAUUCAAGCUCAUGACACAGAACUUUACUGAGGACAUCUUUGUUUGAUGUUCAAUCUUUUAUUCACUGAGCCCUCAUUUUUGUUUCACUGUAAUUUUGUCUUUGUACCUCAGGAGGUAUGGUUUACUGGACACCAGUUAAGCCCAAUAUGAACUGAAAUAUGUAAGUCAAUAGCAAUUUCCUGCAAGAAAUUCUUUAUGCAAUUUUUAUCUCUUAUAGAGGCGCAUUUCUAUAAACAAAUGGUGAACCAUGCACUUUUUAGGACAAGAAAGCUGUAACCCUACUUAAAUGUAAAGACGUUUGUUGCCUUAUUUUUUUCCCCCCGAUUUGUUUGGCCAGCCAUACAUCUUUGUUUAAAUGUACUUGAAUUCAAAUUCAAUUGUGUGCCCCAAAACAUUUCGCAUUAAAGUUACAAUA